UUUUUGAACGCAGCACCAUUUCCUGUUGCGCGGGGCUGGGCGGGAGAGCUCCCGAAUCCCCAAUCCCAAAUCCCGAAUCCCGAAUCCCUGAAUCCUUCACGGCGACACCGCCACCUCUCCCCGCCCGGGGACGGGACAGGACAGCGGCUACCGAGGAGUCCCCGGGGGUGCCCGCGGGCACCGGCGCCACCGGAGGCGGCGUCAUGAGCGAGCGCCGGUGGCCGUGAGCGCCGCCGGGGCCAUGGGGCCGCCGCCCCGCCGCGUCCUGCUGCUCGGAGAGGGCAACUUCUCCUUCGCCGCGGCGCUGAGCGGGGCCAGCGGCUCGCAGGUGGUGGCCACUUGCUACGAGAGCGAGGAGGAGGCGGGCGGGCGCGGCGGAGCGGCGCGGAGCAUCCGCCGGCUGCGGGACAGCGGAGCCGAGGUUGUGUUUUCCGUGGACUGCACCAAGCUGAAGGAGCACUUUUUACUGGGAAACCGAGAAUUUGAUCGUAUUUAUUUCAAUUUCCCUCACUGUGGCAGGAAGGCUGGGGUGGUGAAGAACAGGCAGCUCCUUGCUCGCUUUUUCCAUAGCUGCGCAGAGGUGCUGGCACAGGAGGGAGAAGUCCACGUUGCCCUGUGCAAUGGGCAGGGAGGGACCCCUGCGGAUCAGCCCAGGAGGGAGUGGCACAACAGCUGGCAAAUCGUGGCUGUGGCAGCGGGAGCUGGGUUCAUCCUCAGCGAUGUCCACCCUUUCAAAGCAGAGACCAUCGAGGGAUACAAAUGCACAGGUUACAGGAGUCAGGAUAAAUCCUUCUGUGUAGAGGGUGCUUUGAACCACAUUUUCACACGGAGCACAGCACCCCUGUGUUUCACACCCGUGAGCUGCAAGACACACCUGGGAAACCAAAACGUUUCUUUUCAAGUGCCACAAGUCCUCGUGGAUAAAAUGAAUAGGGGUUUCCUCGAGGUGAAUUCAAGUCAUCCAGUAAGGACAAUAAAGGAGAAGCUCAGUGCAGGGCUCAGCCAAGCUUUUCCACUGCAGAACAUCAGUUCCUGCCUUCCUCUGCUCCACCAAGGUCACCACGAUGGUGUUUGCCACUCCAACGUCUUCUGGAUCACUCUGAGCCCAGGGGAGGCUCCAAGCACUGAGAAAAUGUCCCAGGGACCGGCAGACGCAGUUUUGUUUUCCCAUUUUGGCCAGGACACAGAUAGGAAUGCGCAAGAAGGAUGCUCAGUUCCACAGCAGUUUUAUCUUAGGCCUUCCCUCCUGCCUCAUGCUCAGGCAAUAAUAAAAAAAGGAGCCUUUUCCCCAGGGACACUUCAGGUUCUUUCCGGGCCAGUUUUUAGGAGAUGUCGGAUCUCUCCCCAAUCCAUGCCUGUUUUCCAUGAGAUGCUCGUUGUGCUGGCAGUUAGCAGGGGCACAGAGAACAGCUGUAUCCAGAUGUUGGUGGAUAACAUUAAAACCACCCUGAAUUCUCUUCACCAGGACAUUUCUGGUGUCAAACCCAGCAUCAGCCUGCAGGAAGCAACAAGUUUUGGAACUGAGCUAAAUGACUUUGCUGCUUUUGAAUGGCAGCUUGGUGAGGUUCAGCAUUUCCUCUGUGUGGGGACAGACCCAGAGCCCUCAGGCUGUUGUGUGGGGGUUAUCAGGACAGCUCCUGAUGAAUUAAAAAGCCAAGAGCUGGUUGUUGUUUCAGCCUCACUGAACCUGGACCUCCUGGCCAUGCUGCUGUGUGGAAUAUCCGACUGGAGAAUGCUCUGGACGUCAGACAGGCGCUUCCUCAGGCAGUUUCCUGAGGGAGAGCUGAGGCUUUUCAAGAAUUUUUCCCUCUAUCCACCUUCCUACGUGCACGAUGUCAGCUUCUGGGUUCCUCACGGGGAGGAGUUUGAUGAAGUGGCUUUCCACACCCUUGCUAGGAGGGUGUCAGGUGAAAUGGUCGUUUCCAUCCAGUUAAGGGACAAUUUCCAGCAGGCAGGGACAGGCCGGAGGAGCCUCUGCUACAGGGUGACUUUCCAGUCCUGUGACAGAGCCUUGGGCUGCCGGGAGGCAGCGGAGAUGCAGCUGCGCUUUCGGGAGGAGAUGCAGCAGCACCUGGGUGUGACCCUGAGGUAGAACACCUCCCGUGCCUUGCAGGGGCUCCAGCAGCUCCUGUGCCACCUUCUGACCUGGCAGAUGUCACCUGCAUGUGGCUCUGUGUUGUUGCAGUGCCUGUCACUAGGGCGGGGUGGACUCUGAGCACCGGCACGGGUUUCAGUGUGGGAGUUAAUGAGGACAGAGCUCUCUCCUGUUCUGUGUGCGUGUACUGAAACCACACUCACACCUCGUUUUAUGAAGUGGAGCCUUUCUUUUCUAGGGUGCUGUGAGAGUGGAUUCGAUCUCUUUACUAAUGCAAAUUCCUGUUGUUGUCCAAGCUGAGCCUCCCCUGGCCCAGCCGAGACUGUUCCCUGUCCUGUCCCUGUUCCUGGGAGCAGAACCCAAACCCCCCUGGCUGUCCCCUCCUGUCAGGAGCUGUGCAGAGCCACCCGGUCCCCCUGAGCCUCCUUUUCUCCAGGCUCAGCCCCUUUCCAGCCCCUCCUGGGGCUCCAGACCCUUCCCAGCUCCAUUCCCUGCCCUGGACACACUCCAGCUGCUCCAUAUCCUCCCCGUGCUGUCCUUUUCCCAUCUCCUGAGCACAGGGGGUACCAAAUAAAGAACAUUUUCUGU